AGUUGAAGACGGUAAGGUCCUCCGAUAGUGUCGUCUUGUCCGAAAUUCCUUACGGGCGGUGGUAUUUCGAAGGAAUUUCCAGAGGCCACCCAAGGCCCAGUGUCCAGUAGUAGGAGGAUUAAUUGAGCCCAGAUCUGGGUAGGGUCGCGUCGGUUAUGUCGGUCUCGAAGAUAAAGAUGCUGCUGCCGUUGGUGGUGGCGCUGAUGUUGUUGACCUCGCAGCCGGUCGUAAGUCAGCGAAUUGUCGAACAGCCCUGCCCUGACCCGGAAAGUCGCCCGAUUGUGCAAAACUUUGACCUGGAUAGGUACGUCGCCGGCAAGUGGUACGAGAUCCUGCGCUACGACCAGCACUUUGAGCGGGGCUGCGACUGCGGCUUCGCCACACUCACGCCCAAGAAGAGCGGUUCCAUCAAGGUGGAGAACUGCUGCGAACGGUUGCCCAACACCACGCUGAGCUGUUCGGUGGGUCGGGCGUUUGUCAGCUUUCCGGACCAUGUCCCGCUGGAGGGCAAGCUGAACGUCACCUUCGGUGGUCCUCCGCUCAACUCCAACUACUGGAUCAUGGACACCGACUACGACAACUACGCCAUCAUCUACUCGUGCAAGAAUCUUUCCGAGAACAAAUCGGCUGAGGCGGCUUGGGUGCUUUCCAAGCAACGCACCCUCGAGCCCCGGAUCGUGCCGACGGUGGACAAGCUGGUGGAGCAAUAUCUGGUGCGGGCAGACAUGCGAACCACGGAGCAGAGCCAAUCAAAAUGCAAAUACGACAACUGAGCACCGACCGAGAACUAGUCUUAAUUGAUCCGCAAAAAAACUUUUACCCAGCUAGGGCAAAACUUAUCAUCAUCAGCAGCCGCCGCCAGAAAAACACACCGAAAGCUGCAGGCAAUCUCUUCCUGGAACUUCUCAAACGAAAAACUCCUGCUAAUGGCGGCCAGGUCGUUCGGGAUCGGGCCAAAGUUUCCUGAUGCUGGACGGUUGGAUAUUUUGUGCAGACGAAACAAGAAACCGCAAAACUUUCGAUCGAAUUUCAUUUAAUUUGCUACAACAUGGGGCACAAAGUUUUGCCGCUAAUAAACAUAACAUUCGAGCUUUUUUUCAAGUA